AUGGCCCUUGCCGUCUCUCGAAUGGCGGUCUGUACCAGUGGCGCUUACCGCAUGAAGGAGCAGCACUUCUGGCAGACUUCGCAGCAACACGCUCCUAACGAGGCAACGCGCAUACGGUACGCAAAUUACAAGUAUUCGUAUACAGGGGUAGUCCAGCUUCCGGCUGCUCCCGGUCCGUCAAAGCGUCUGCAGCUCUGCCAGCCGCUGGUCGCCUUGCAGCAGCAGAUCGGUCUCAGUGAUACUCCUAAAGGUACAGGCAGCACUGCAAGCACGUGGCCCGUGGCACACACGGCUUUCUUCGCGUCACCAGAUUUGUCCAGCAUCUUCACCGUUGUGAUGGCUCCCGCCGAGGUGCUGCUUAGCACUUGUCUCCUCAUCCCCCUACUGGCGAGCACCAGCGCUGGAACUCGCGUACAACGCAGCUGCACAGCGUCACCGUCCGAGGGCCCUUCGUAA